UUGAUGUAAGGAGGCACUCCGAUAUUCAAAUGUGCUCAGAUUUAGUGUCGGUUGUCUUUGUUGCACCAUAUUUACUUUGUUUUCAAGGCAUCCAGACAGUGCGCUCGGAACAUCGCACAGUCACUGAUCCGAUUGGCUGGUACGAAGGUCAUGUCUGUUUCAGUCGGGCCGUCUGCUUUUGUCAGUUGCCUUUAUCAGGCCGUGUAUUUUCACGACUCUCUCCUAGUUGUCUCGAUCGUGAACGAAGUUGAUCCCUGAUUUGUUGUCAACGAUCGCACAAUAUCUGUCAAGCCUAGUCAUGUCUGCAUUUAUGAGAUGGUGUUCAUAGCCUAGAAUGGAAGUGGGUUUCGCUACGCACUAAAAAUAGGCACGAUACCAGACUGUCGGCAUGACUUAACAAAUACUUUGUCUCCGACAAUCAUUUUUUUCUGUCAAGAUCGGCCAGAACACCAAAAUAACAACAAAUUGAACACAAUGGCAUCACCAACACCCUCUCAAAGUGACACAGUCACUACUAUUUCGACAUCUUCAGAUAGCGAGAUGGAACCUAACACUAAUCCAAAUAUUCGCUGCUCAUUUUGUCAUGAGCCAUUCUCCAUGCCCAAGGUGCUGAGCUGUUUCCAUACCUUCUGCCAGCCUUGUCUUGAGAAAAUGGUGCAGGUAGAUGCUACCAUGAAAGCCACCAGUGUCCAGUGCCACACAUGCAAGUUUGAAACAUUUGUUGGUGAAGGUGGCCUUGAGUCUCUCAAGACGAAUUAUGCUGUGCUCAAUAUGAUUGAAUCAACUUGCUUUGAACCUGACACACUUCAUUGUCGCUCUUGCAAAAGCGGUCCAGCAUCUGUGGCUUUAAGCCGAUGCAUGGAUUGUGCCACCUUUCUGUGCAACUCCUGCACCAUGGCACAUCAGUUCAUGCACUGCUUUAGUGGUCACAGAGUCCUUGACCUCUCAGAGCUCAAUGGCAAGGAAGAGAAUUUGGUAGAGAAAGAGGUGAUGUGCCCUGCUCACACCUCUGGCAUAAUGAAGUAUUACUGUCGCACUUGUCGUGUCCCAAUCUGUCAUGAGUGUUCAGCAACAGCUGAACAUAAAAAUCACAAUUUUGUCUUUCUGAGUGAGGUGGCAGAGUCCGAGAUGGGCCAGCUGAGGAUGAUGGAAGAAGAAACACGCCGCAAAGUGUUGGAGCUUUCUACAACAGCCAAAGCAAUGGCAAAUGCUUCUACUGUUUUGAAAGCAGCCUAUCACAAAGCACAGAUUGAGAUUGAACAAACAUACAGGUAUUUCUUAUCUAUACUUGAAGAGAAGAAGAAGGAUGCAUUGAGGCAUUUAGAUGAAACUUACAACUCAAAGCAAAUAGCUAUUUCUGACUCAACUUUACGAAUGCAUGAAAGCAUGGAAAAACUUGCCAAUGCAAGCAUUUUUAUUGACAUGCUUCUAAAGAAUGCAGCCCCUGGGGAAAACCUUGUUUUAAAAGGAUUCAUUGAGUCACGUCUCCAGAACAUCUUCAAUUUCUUACCUGACCUGCCAUCUCAGGCAUACCAGUUUGAAAUCGAAUUUGUCUCUAAUUACCAAGCUAUUGAAACGGCAGUGGGCAACACAUUUGGCUAUGUUCGACAAGUAAGCACUUUCAGUGAGGCGCCUAAACCGCAACCUAUUGCACGUCCUAACGGCUACAACAGAAUAUCACCAACAAUAGUGAACAAUAACAACAAUUUCACAUAUAAUGUUCCACCCAUCCACACCAGAGAGCAGGUCAUGAAUGUUUCCACACCUCCAUUUUAUCAGGCGACAGAUGACAACCAGUAUCAGAAGUGGUCAAAUGGGUUUGAUGUUCAGGCUGGUAGCCCCACUCCAGAUAUAUUUUCCACAACAGCAGAACCAUGCGUUGAAAUAAACAGCAAGGCCCUGUCGUCAAUCACUGGUGCUGUUGGAACUUCCACGAGUGCCUUCCCACUUAAAUGUCAAAUCAGGCGCCAGAAAAUGAUCUACAACCAACGUUUUGGAGAGUUUGGCAUGAGAGAGGGCCAGUUCACGGAGCCCAGUGGAGUCGCCUGCAAUGCCCAAGACGACAUUAUUGUUGCGGAUACCAACAACCACCGUAUACAAAUCUUCGAUAAGGAGGGUCGCUUCAAAUUUCAAUUUGGUGAAAGUGGCAAGCGUGAUGGGCAGAUGCUUUACCCCAACCGCGUGGCAGUGGUAAAAUCUUCAGGUGACAUCAUUGUGACCGAACGCAGCCCAACUCACCAGGUGCAAAUUUACAAUCAGUAUGGCCAGUUUGUGCGAAAGUUUGGUGCCAACAUUCUUCAGCAUCCUCGUGGUGUUGCUGUCGAUGAAAAGGGGCGCAUCAUCAUUGUAGAAUGUAAAGUCAUGCGCGUUGUCAUUUUUGACAUGGAAGGGAAUGUUCUGAACAAGUUUGGAUGCUCAAAGCAUCUGCAAUUUCCAAACAGUGUUGCAGUAAACAAGAAAGAGCAUAUCUUUAUUAGCGAUAAUCGUGCACACUGUGUCAAGGUCUUUGACUAUACUGGUUGUUACUUGAGGCAAAUUGGUGGUGAAGGCAUCACCAACUAUCCUAUUGGUGUGGGCAUCAAUGAAGAUGGGCAUGUGGUUGUGGCAGAUAAUCACAACAACUUCAACAUCACUGUUUUUGACCAGAAUGGGCGCAUCUUGAGCACUUUGGAGAGCAAAGUCAAACAUGCACAAUGCUUUGACAUUUCUCUCACAGGAGAUGGCUGGGUGGUGCUGGCCAGCAAAGAUUUCAAGCUUUACCUGUACAGGUACAAGCAACAACAGUCAUAGGGAAAUGGACUUAAUGUUAUGCAUAAGAUCAUUUAGCUUGUAUGCAGCAUCCAGUUUAAUUUUGUGCAUUUGGCCUCAUUGCUAUAAUGGAUGAGUUGCUGUAUGGGCAGUACAUUUUCACUUUGAGUCUUUGAGUGGCACAUUCUAGCAGGUCAUGUAUUUUCAGUCACAUAUCACAUGUUAAGAACACACACUUUGUCUCCUUGAUGAGUCAGAUCUUGUUCAAGAUCUUUUCGAAAAUACCAUUUUGGCAGACUGAGUGCAAAUUUGCUUGCUCUGCUUAUUUCAUUUUUUCCCACCAUUACCAACUUAUCACACCUUAAAAAAAUAAAAAGCAAGCUUUUUACAUCAUAGAAUCCUAUAGUGUUAGAGUUUGCAGUGUUGUACAAGAUGUUUUAUGACAUUCUUGUUAUUUUCAUCCACAUAUACUGCUCACAACUUCUUAAAGAGCAUCGACUGCCUUUAUCAGCAUGAUCUGAGCAUGUGUUAAAAGGGAAUGGUGUUUAUCCCCUUAUAAUCUUUGUGUGAUGGGUUUGGGAGACAUGCUUUUUUCCCCUUGGUAUAGGGUUUUCUAACCUUGUGAUGUUUUUGUCAUGUGAUUUUUUUUUGGUACUAGUUAUGUGAUGGAUUUUGUACUAAUUGCAUAAGAUUAGGGGGUGAAAUUGUGUGGCGCUCAGUGUGUUGUUGUCUGCUUUAAUUAUCAAAUGAAGAAAAAGGAUGUAAAGUCCUUUGGCAAAUAAUUGUACAGACAUAAUUGGCCAGUUUUACCAGCACCCCUUAAUUCUAUUAUUUGUGUUGUGAGUAGCAGAUAAAAUUUAUUAAAGGGUAAAAUACUGUGAAGGGAAAUGGAAUGGGAUAAAACUUAAGUGCAAGAUUUCUUACUCCAGUUUUUGUAUUACUGAUGGAGAUCGGUGUUCUUAGAAGUUUCGAUGGUCAAUGCUCACGUGCAGUUUAUUUACAAUGUUAAAUUUUUAUUUUUUUUAAUUUUUUUCCCCUAUUGCCUUUUCAUGAUGAAGCCAAAAAUGGAAUGGUGUCACUCCAGCUAUGUUACUGUUUUUUGUCUUAAUAUGGUAAGGUUAUUCAAUGAUCUAUUUUCUAUGAUUUCUACCUUACUCUUUUUUUAUGUGGCAUAUAUAGAAUGGUUAGAUAUUAAGUAAGUUGUACAGUUCUGUAGCACCAUUUUGAGAUUUUAAAUUUCUUAAGAUUAAUUUUUAUAGAAUUAAGAAUAUUUCAAGAAUAUCAAUUUAUAUAUCAAGGAAAAAAUGGUGUAGCCAAGGCAUGCAGAAGGUACUGUUACAUAGUAUCAGUGUAAAAGAGUGAAAGAAAAGGUCUGCUGACCUCUUGUUUACAAUAUUACGUGAACCACAGUCUUGAAGUAAAACAACAGUCAUUUUGAGUGCUAUCAUGUUUUUGAAUCUUUAUGACUUUUCACCCAGGUAUUAUAAAUGUUAUUGCUAAAUGUCUCACCAGUAUAUGUGCAUGUUAAGGACAGCACAACAUACUGUUUUUCAUUGUAAUUUAUGGUUGGGUUUGCUUUUUUUGUGAAUGUGCGCAUGCAUGCACUUUGGUUGCACUAUUUUUUAAAAAACAAUUGUCGGCAGUUCUUCAUUGUUGUUAGCUGAUGUUGAUGGUGGUGUUCAGCUUUUCUAAUUAAAUUUCAUGUCGCCUUAUCCCCGUCGUUAACCCAUUUCAUCUCUUGUUCACAUGUGUGCAUGCGCAUAUGUGUUUCCUUAACAUUUUCACCCUCCUUUUGUUUUUGAAGCUGUUGUUUGUGCUUCAUGGUUAAUUUCUUGAUAUUACUUACCUUUAAUUAAUGGCAGUGUGUUCAUGCCAUCAAACAGCUCAUGUAAGUGAACAAAAUUUGUGCAAUGUUUCCAGUUUAUUACUCUUGGUUAUAGUAGAUUGCUCUUUGUGAAAGCAAACAGGGUUAAUAAUGAAGCAUCUUAAGUAUAGCUGUAUGCAUUAUGAUCUGUAUUAUUAGAUCAUUUUAACCUCUUUCUUUCCCACCUAAAGCCUAUUAAAGGAAAAAUCUUUUUGAAAAAAUGUAAGUUUCAGCUGAAGUGCACCAUGACCAUCAAAAGUUUUGGUCUCAUGAAGCAAAGACAUUUUUGAUUGCUGAACUGAUACUGUAUUUCCAGCAAGCAAGAGAAAUCCUUCUUAAGCAUUACGAUGUAUUUAUUGAGACCAGUCUUUUUAUAUACUGGUAUAUUUCAUUGGUUAUAUGUGCAGUGACACAGAAGCAUGCUAGUUUUUGUCUCAGUAUGUUUUUGCUCUGCCCUCUAACAGAUUCUACUAUAUUUUGUGAAAUAACAUAUAAUCACACCAUUCCAAUUGUUACAUGGAUAAUUGGUGCAUGACAGUGACCUGUACUGUUUGAGCCAUUUCUGCACUGUACUUUGACAAAUAGCAGUCAAAAAGCCAUGAGGGGAUGUUUGUACGGGACUCUCAAAUGCAUAACACAAUCAGCCUGCCAUUUAUGUUAUUUGUUAUAUUUUGAAGUGUGAUACCUAACAGUAGUAUCAUUGUUGUGCUUGUGUUUUUUAGUUGUUGAUUUUUGUGAACACUUGGAUCGACCAUGUAUGUUCACUGUCUCUUCCCCAUUUCCCUUUGCCAGUAGCCAGUAGAUGCACAAAGCGGUGCUGAAACUUGCCUCAUUUGCAAACCUAAUUUGUCAAUGAAGUGAUCUGGAGAGGACCUUUUAGAGCUCCUCUGUUCCAAUAAAUGCCCAAAUGCAUCAUCAUAAUCUACUAGUCAUAAAUAGGAAUGAAUAGCUAAUUUUCUGUUUACAGACAGUGCAUGCCUUCUCAUCACAUUUUCUUUACAAUUUGAUGCCUCAAGGUGCACAGACUGUUACAUCCAUGUAAAGACUAAAAUCAGUUUUGGUCAGUAUUUGUAUCAACAGAAUUUAAUUCUUAUGCUUUUAUUGUACAAAGCUGUUGUGUGUUCUGUGCUCUGAUGUGUACAGUCCUGCAGCUGUGAAGCAACUGGUUCAGUACUAGCUCCCUUGGCCCAGUUUUUCGCCUUUCCUGCCAUUGUGAUAGUGUAGUGAAAUGUUGUGAGGUUGAAGCAUAUUAUUGCAUUAUUUAUGUUUGACUGUGUUUUCACACCAUUAAGUUAUGAGUGUUUGGGGAAUUGCAUAACCACAAGAGGCUUUUAGGUUGACUUUGUUGUUUCCUACUGAAUGUGAACUUUAUUUAUGCUUUGUUAUCCACUACAAAUAUCUAAAGCCUGAUUGUGGUCCUCGAUACAAUGAUAUUCAUCAGAUCCUUCUGAUGUCUUUUGACCCAUCACUUCUCAGAAAACCCAGGUACAGAAAAUAGAGAAAAAGAUUUUUCCUUAUUUUAAUUAACUCGGUGCCCUUUAUCAGAUGUGAGAAAAGAGGAUUUAAAAAAUUAGACUGCUACCACACAGCAAUUCUCUCAGCCAUGAAGAUUUGGGUCGUAUGCUUUGUGAUGGGUUAGGAAACAUCAAGCAAUUAUGCCUACCUCACUUUGUUGCAAUAGUUCUUUCCCAGAUAUGCCGGUCAUUAAAAAAGUAAUGAUAAUUAAGAAAUAAAAUAAAAAUUCAGCUUAUUUGUCUUAGGUUAAGUUACUUGGGCAGGAUUAGCCAUGUCAUUCUGGUCAUGCUUUUCAUUGACAUGCUUUUUCCAGGUCUAUUGGUGUUUUGUAAGAAUAAACAACAAUCGGGCCAACUGUAUUCUGUCGAUGUUACCUACUACAGCAUUCACCAGAAUCACAUAUUACCAUCAUAUGUGAGCGAUUUGUGUAAUUGGCACAUUUUGUUUUGUGCCAUCUCUUGUGAUUCCAUUGUUAAAUAGCUAGAUUUUAGGGUGGGGGUGAGGAAGUAACAGGAGUCCAAUAUUUUCAGCUUUAGGUGUAAAUUAUAUGGGCAUGCAAAAUGCAAGUACUGAUUUAUUGUAACAUAACAAGGGUUUAUCAAAAAUAGUAUAUUCAGCAGAUCAAGAAGAAAAUUAAUGGGAUCACUAAGGCAGCACAAGACCUGUUUAAUACUAAGUGUCAGUAUAAUCAUUUUGAGGAGAAACAUGAAAAGCAGAGAGCAUAAGUACUUUUGAUUCACUCAAAAACUUUUUUCAGGUUAAAUCUUUUUUUUUUUUGGAGGGGGGGGGGUAAGAGAGCAACUCUCUUUUUCUGAGUGUCUUACUAGUAAAGACCUUAAAUGACUAGUCAAGCGCAGAUUUUUUUCCUGUUGAUUGGGUAAAGUUCAGUACCCCAAAUCUGAGGGAAUACAGCAUAAGUGUGACAUGAACUGUCCCAAAUCUCCCAGUUGAUCAGCUGUUGGGAAUGGGUACUCCAUGCAGACUUGGGGGAGGAUAAAACAACGAGAGAGAUGGGCAGUAAUAGGCCCACAGAAAGUGCCAUCUUUAACACCUUAACUCCCAACAAUCUUUUAAAAAAAAAAUUAGGCCACUAUUACGUUAUCUGAUGCAACUUGUACUCAUGUAUCUCUAAUGGAAGGGGGUUAUUUACCCAAUCAUUAGAAGGAAAAAAAUUGCACCCCACUGGUGCUUUGAACUACAAAUCUCUGUUAUAAGACACGUCUACUGCACUAUGUCAUAGCUGGGUACACAUUAAAUGUUUUGUGUUAGUUUUUGUAUCAAGUGUUUAUUAAGUUUUGGCAAUAUGCCUGGAGCACAAAGAAUACCAAAAUUUCUUUUCCAUUUUGAGAUUAUGCAUUCUGCUAUUUCUAAAGUUUUCCCCUUCCCUUGUCUGGAGGAGUGUGAUACCUCUGUCACAGUUGCCUGGUAUAAUUUUCUAAUAUUCUUGAUUAUAAUGUCAGUAUUCUGUCAGUGUUGCAUGUAAAUUUGUCACACUGUGCUGUGUGUUCUGGUGUUUGCUUCAGAAAAGUUUACUGCUGAGAUGAUGUAUUUACAAAGCUUUGUUCCUUAAUGACUUAACAAAUGAUACAAAACUAGGGCAUUUUGAUUCACUAUAAAAUGCACUGGAGAUGGCAUUAUAAGAUAGGUGGGAUUCUUCUCACUGGUCAUGUUUUUGCAAAUUAAUAGCACAUAAAGUGAUGCUGAAUGAAAUAACAAGUUUUUUUUAGGACUUCAUUAUAAUUUCAGCAAAAUCUAAUACCAGAUUUGCGUAAGUUUGAGUAAAGGUUUUAUAGUUAUUCAUGGUCUUUGAGUUAUCAAACAGCUAAUCAGAUUUACCAUGGUUUUCAGUCCAAGUCAUGACAAAAUAACAGCUUUGCAAACACCCACUUCUGGGUGGUUCAUAGUUAACAAGAAAAGCCUCUACUUGCCCUUCAUUGGAAUCUGGCUGGCAGGAUCAAGGGUCUUGUAUUUUGUAUACUCUGAUGUUAUUUUUUUUUCCCUUCCCCCCCAUUGAACUGAUUCCUUAUCCCCCUUUUUUUCCCUUCUAUAAAGAAUAUGCUCAGUCAUUUUUUAAGUACUAUUAAAAAUGCAAAUCUAUUUUUCUAAGUUAUGUGAAGACAUUUGUCAAAACAAAAAAAUGGUUGUGUUUCAUGUCCCAUGACAGAAAUGUUUUUUGGUCUUCCUAACCUACACUUGCAUCUGUCUCUGUGUAACAGUUAGUUGUUCUUUGGCUGGUUAAAUGCAUUUCUUUAUAGGUCAGUUCAUAUUGGAGUGUGGUUGCUUUCAAUGAUAUGAUGAUACUUAUAAAAUGUUCAAAUUUUUUUAUAUUUUACAAAUAUUUUUGGAAACGAAAACAUAAUGUCCUAAUACCAUUUCAGUUGUUAAUGACAAUGAUUUUUCAGUCAUUUUGUAGUUACAAAGUUUUAAAACUCAGCAUUUACAAGGAAGGUGCUUGACUUGUUCCACGCGUUUCACUUGUAACGUUUCCAAUCAUUAUGCAAAGAUUGCUGUAUGCAGUUAUAAUCAGUGUUGUUGAAAUGUGGGUUUUCAUGAAUGGUUGUAAUGUUAGGCAUGUGUAUGCUUUGGGUUUGUGUUGAUGCACUUAUUCCAUAUGAAAGUAGAUUAUUGAAGGCCAUUGCUUUAAUCAUAACUGCCAAGUUUGCCUGAUAAGUUUAUUUUGACAUUGUUCCAAGUUAUGGCAUCUCAGUGUGUGGCUGUUGAGAUGAUUUCAACUAGUCGCUUGUAUGAUUAGAACUUGGUACAGAGGCUUUUGUGCAAUUUGUAAUUAACAGGAGAAAAUAUAGCUUCUGCAGCCAGCAUUGUUUGCAAAAUGCAUUUUUAACUUUACUACUGCUGGGAAAGAAAAAAAUCCUUGCUUAUAAUUAUGAUAUACACUUAAUCUGUCACUGUCAGAUUAAUGAUGCAAGCAAAUUUUUUGAAGAAUGUCAUGUUGCAGAAUCUGAAAGUAGUGAAAAAAAAGGUAUGGUUCUUAACCUUAGAGGAAGAAUCCACUUUUUAAGCGAUAAUCAGCCCAGCGAGGCAAUAAAAGACAAGCUGACACAGAAGGCAAAAGAACAGUCUAAAUGUUCAAUCUUUUACCAAAGAUACUUAUGCUAUCACUGUUGCUUAAACAAAAAGUUACAUUCCUUAGUGUUGAUAGGGUGAGCAUCAUCUGAGCCAGCUCCUGCAAUGUCAAAAUUGUUUUCUUUUGAGGUCUUAGUGCAGCUAAUUGGUCUUGUUUCUACAAAAUGAAAAUGGAUUUUAUUGGAUUAUAAAGUGGGGAAGGAGGAAAUCACCAAACUGAGCCACCCAGUCAAAAACUGUAUGUCAUAUAAUGUGUGGCUUUAUGAUGAAAACAAUUUUUGUUAGUAGGUUUCAUCUGUUCCUUUACUUUUGGUUCUCUUAAUUUCUGUCUUUAAAGCCUCUGUCACUCUCGCCACUCUUUGUUACCAUUUCACCAUAAAGUAGAUGUUGUUUUCAUGACAUAUCACAAAAUUUACACAUGAAUUAAAAUCAUCUCAUUUAUCCUACAGUGUGCAGAGUCGAAGUGUGCCAUUUUACCAGUGAAAGUGUUACAGUCAUAAUUAUAACAUUUUAUAAUUGGCAAUAAGCAGAUUGUUAAUUCCAUUGACCCACUGUGUCAUUUCACUCCUUUCCCUCUUUUCUUACAGUUUGUUAUGACUUAUGUAAUAUCGCUCAAUGAAAGUCCCCCACCCAUAUAUUACGUUGACUGUUACUGCUACAGAGUUGUUAGCAUAAUUGUUGAAGACAAACAUUUGUUAUACAGUUAAUAUCCACAUAAUCUAAAUUAUUCAAGCAGAUGAUAAAAUUACAUGCUUGCUCACCAAAGGAUAAAUGAGUCUGAAACAUAGACUGAAAUGAACCCAGACUGCAGGAGCUACUUAAUAGCCCCACUUUGACUGAAUUGUGUGACUAAAUGUCUUGUAAAUGCCUCAGAGAUGUUUAUACUGCUAAAUUUUUAAGCCCUUUAAAAUAAAAGCAAAAAAAUUCUAAAAAUAAAUAACUCCCACACUAUGCAUUGGUGUACUUUGAUCACAUACCAGCACAUUUUUUACUAUGUUUUUAAGUUGUUUUUUUUUAAAAAAGCCAUUGGACAACUUGUUUCCCCUUAAGGAAGGAUCCUAAGAGUGGGACCAAAUGUUGGUCAGCUUGGAAGGGGUAGAUGAAGUGCAGCCCAUAUCUUCUUAAACUGUUGCAAUUGCACAUAGCCAACCUUUUUAAAAAAAAAUGUACAAGAUCUUUUGCCAGUGGUUGUGGAAAAAAGUUUUAUACAAUUACAAUUGAUAUUAAAACAGUACUUAAUGUGCUAUGAAGUAAAGGAUUAUUUCACAAUGUCAGUGUGCAUAUCGAAUUGUUUUGAGUGCUAGUCUACGGUGUGGUUUUUUUGGUUUUUUUUUUAAUAUAAAGGUUUAUGCUUCCACACUGUUACUAGUCUCAACUGUUAUUUAAUCUGCGUAGGGCUUGAGAACUUAAAAAAAGUCAUUCAGAGUUAAUGAAAAUAAAGGGUCAAAAGUGAAAAAAGAAUGUGAAAUAUUAGUGACUUCAAAAGUUGUUUAUAUUCUUUUUUUUGCAGAGGCUUGUCUUUGACAGCACAAUUUCUGUCUGCUGUUGAUAUACUUUUUUAUUCUUUAAGGAAAUGUGUUGGUCGCAAGAAAUAGCAAUGCAGAGAUUCCAAUGUGAACAUCUGCACACAUCUUUCUGUAAGCUUGUGCAGAUACAACGAACAAGUAUCUUGUUUUUGUUUGCUUAUAUCUUCUCAUGGUUGUAAGCCAAUUGGUCCAGAGUAAAACAUAACCACGGGGCCUUUGUUUUUUCUUGAAUCAAAACUCGAACCUGCCAAAAUGUAUUUUUUAGUGUAUUUGUGCUUUCUUUGUAGAGUGUGAACAAGUAGCUAUCUAGUUAUAUGUAUGUUACUGUUAAAUGUUGAAGUUUUCAUAUAAUUAUGAUGUUAAAUGUUGCAUUUGUUAUUUUUUCUUAGCUUCAUUCCAAGGAAAGUGCCUAUUAUAUCAACAGUUACAAGAGAGGCACAUUUCUUUUGUAUCUUGAGAUAUGAAUGCUUAAUACAAUGCUUUUUCUGUUGUGUUGUGCCCACCUUUAGAAUGUUACUUAAAAGUGUUUACAUUUUUAGAGCCAUUUAUGCUGUCAUGCAAGUUAGAUCAAGUCGCACAGCCACCAUUGCAUGUUGUUUGACCUGUUAUCACCACACACUUUGUAAAGCCAUCUUCGAAGGUGUGUGUACAUAAACCGUUGAAAUAUUUCACUUCUUAUUCAUGAAAAAUGGUGACUGUCACUUUUCUUCUGGUCCCUCUCUUUUUGUAGUAUUGUUUUAUAAACUCUUUAUCAUCUUUGGACACAACACACCUUUGAUAAUACUGUAUUAAUAUGUUUUCCUGCUCUCCUUUUGACAUUUGAUACACUUCUACUUGUAACUGGAAACUUUGCUAUGAAGUUCAAUUGGUGUAUAAUAAUGUUAUGAUUGUUAAAUGUGUGGUCAGUGAAUUAGAGAUCUGGAAAAAAAUUUGCAUGAGAUUUUUGUCCAUUUUUUGAAUAGUGUCUAGAUGUUUGUUGUGCCAUUCUUGCAUUGUGUGCUUUGUUGACAGUAGCAAGAUGUGUGCACUCAAGAUCAUGCAAUAUUUGUUUGGAGGGGAACUCAGAGACAUUUUAUAUCAGGUAUUCUCUUUUUAAAAAAGCAAAGGAAAAAAAUUUAAAAAAAUCUGCUCACAGUUGAAGAGGUAGGGUGUAAUUGAAGGGGACCGUGCUAGGACAAUGAUACUGUCAUUUCUUAUCCUUGUUUCUCCCCUAAACCCCACCCCUGACACCCAAGUUAAGUAGAAAGUAAUGAAAGGAUCUAGCCUGCUGUGUAGCACAUGUGAUGCAUGUAAGACCAUUGCAUAUGCAACAUUCUUGUUUUCUGGUUAUUUAAUGUUACAGAGUUUGUGACACAUCACAAACAAGCUUUCAUAUCACUGCAUUUUUUAUUUUCUUGGCAUACCUCAGAACCUCCUUUUCUUAUCAACUUGAAAAAUGCUUCAAUACUUUUGGUUCCCUCCUUUUUUUUUUUUUUUUUUUGGUAACAUUGUUUAGCUUCUACCAAAUAAGAUGUCAGAGUAUGCAAUUUUCAUAAAUAUGCUCACCCCAGGCUGCACCCUACCCACCGUUUAUUUUAAAUGUUAUGACAACUUUUUGACAAUUUUGACUUUUCACAAUUUACUUCCAGUUUGAGAUUUGAUCUGAAUUAAUUUUUGGGGGAAGGGGCCUAAGCCCGUUCCUUCCCCUACCCAUUAAGUGCAUAAAACACCAAUGCUAAUAGAAUUGAUUUUUUUUUUCCCAACCAGUUGACUUUGAUAUUACUAUGUUCUUCAUGUUAUUAAUGAUAUGUAAUGCUUUGCCUUGUUAUAUUAGACUAGCAUGUUGUGUGGGUUUUAAAAAGGGGAGUUUUUCUGGUUUUUUCGUGUGUGUGGGUGUGUAUAAAAUUACUUUUAAAUGGAUUUGUUGAUAUUUUCUCUAUGUCUGUUACUCUAUUGUUUUUGUUGUUUUAAAAUUUAUUGCUUAGUUUUUUUUAAAGCGCCUUCUUGUUCUCAGUGUAAGGGUGAAUUCUCUCUUCAAUUAAAAUUAAAACUUGUUUCAUGGAAACAUUCCAGGACCAUUCACAUACAUGUUAAUCAUGUCCUCUUGGGUACUUUUUUCCCAGUAUUCAGUUGUCUAUUUCCAAAGUCGUAAAAGAUUAUUUGAGAACACUGGGUACAAAAGUGGUUCCAGUCAUUUGUUGUUAGCUCAGAAUAAGCUUUUAUUUAGAGACUUAAUUACAAUGACAUUGGUUAAUAUUUGCUUUUAAAGACUCAAGUCUCUGGGGGUACAUUAUUUCAAAUGAGGAAGGAUAGGAAACAAGCGAAGGCUUAAAAGUGUUUUAGAGUGAAAUAGAAUUAUGCCUUUGGCUUGGCAAAUAAAACACUUAUUCUGGUGCAGCUUAAUUUCAUAAGGAGGGUGGUUUUCUUUCAUAAAAAGGUGCAGUGUAGGAAAAAAAGAUUCUUUUUCUAACAAUUACAGUGAAGCAUCUACCAAGAAACUAUGUAACUUUGAAGAUAUAUUUUCCCAUCGAGUUUUUUUAAGCUGUUCAGGAAAGCUUUUGUUGAUCUAAUUUAAUUUUCUUCAUCUCAGCAUAAAGCAAUGAAUGACAGUUCGAGCUUUAUUUAACUGAAAGCACUUAAGGGUUUACUUAAAGUGUGCGUGAAAUGGUGACAAAAAUCAAGGUUAAAUUUAACAAAUGUUACAAACCUUAUCCCCAGGUUUUUUUGUUUUUUUUUGUUUGUUGUUUUUGGUGUGUGUGUGGGGGCUUUUCUAUGGUAGUGGUUUGAAGAGGACAUAAGAAAACCAACAUGCAUAUGUUAAACUGAUCUCAGAAUUAAUGACCUCAUUUUCAUUAAAACCAGAAUUAAAAAAAAAACCACUGGUUUCUCAGCUUGUUCAAAUACUUUCUAACAUUGGACUGUUCACAUAAAGCCUUUGUUUCCUUGACACUUGCUACCACCAUCACUCGUGCAGCUGUAUUCCAAGCCAGACGGUAUUGUUAUGGAACCAGCUUUUUGUAUCUUCAUUAAAAUCAACAGUAAAAGAAUUUUUUUAAUUUGGCCCAUUUAAAUACAUGUAAGCCUAUUCCUGACUAUGCUGAGCCAAAGUUUCACAUUUGUUUGGUCCUGGAAUGUUGCAUAUAAAGUGGACAAAAAAGGUGCAAGUACAACAUUGGUGAUACUGUAUUUUAAGGUAAUGUUUAGUGGGUGCUUAUGCAUUUUUUUUUUUAAACCCAAUGUUUUGCUGGUGGAGUAGGGGGUGGGGGGAGGAAAACACUGUUCCUUGCACAUACACUUUGUCUUGAGCUUGAUUUGUGCUUACAUGCUUUGUUGACUUGCUUGGCUUGCAUUCCAUCACUUUUUGUGUGUAACUUUGAAGAGAGACAUUGUACCAAACUUUUUUUUUUGUAAACUGACAUACAGGCAUCCAUCGCAGCACAGUUUCAGCCCACACAUUCCUUCUCACCUUUGCAACCCCACCCCAUUGAUAGCCAUUAUAUCAUUUUAGAUGGAUUUAAGCUGGGUUUGUAUGUUCAUCUCUAACAUUACUCAGUCUGUACUUUAUGAACGGCAGAUUACUGUUAAUCAUACCCUUUUAAGCAGUUCACUGUUGGCUACAGUAACCGCUGAUGCACAAAAACAGGGUAAUUAGCAGUUACAUGAAACUCAUGUCAUAUCAGCCUUUCUUUUCCAUACAGUACAGAGGACUUGCAGAAAAAAAAGCAAGCAUUCAGGACAGCAAGAGCACUUGUUUUUCUUUUUAAAAAUUUAAAAAAUGUGCAUAAUGCCUUUGGCCCCCCCCUUUUCCCUGUAAUUUAUUUUUCACAAUGUUUUCCCAUGUGUGCCUUCCUUGACCUGACUUGGUGCUGCUCUAACGGUGACAAUACCUUGCUGUUUUUGUAGUAACCACAAACAGUGGUCCAUGUCUCUACAACAGUGUAAACUUGCUGUCUGGGUUGGUGUUGAAAGCUGUGAAGUCUUGCAAGUGUAUCCACCAUGCUUCUGAUUAAUCAUGCUUCCUUAACCUGCUCAUCCAGAUUAUGGAGCCAUCAAAGAAAUGUUUGCUGAUUAUAUGGUGCUGACAUGUUUUUAUUUUUUAUUUAUUUUUAUUUUUGCACCCCAUUUCUUUCUGCAUGUGACUGAGAGCUUCCCAGGACUGUAUGUGUCUUGCACAAACUUCUAUAAGAUCUUUUUUCACAUAGCUCUGAACACGAGCAUGUGUACGAGUGUUGGUGCACGCGUACAUGCAUGGGUGCAUGCGCGCGUCUUCAGUUGCAAGUAUGAGCUUUUUUCUGCCUAUUUGGAGUAAAAGGAGCGAGUAUUGUUGUGCAAGGAACAGUGUUUUGAUAUGCGCAUAAUAGUUCUCUCCUGUAAUACUGUUAUUUAUCAUGUCAUCAAAUUCAUCCAAUUCCACAUUUUGGACCAGUACUGGAUGCCAGCUGUCUAUCGUAUCAGGAAAACUGUAUCUGUACACAUUCCACACCUCUUUUUUUUUAAAUUAGCACCUUUAUUAGACAGUUACCCUUUGUCUUAUUGUUGCAGUUGCCAACAUUUUUAUUUUCACAAAUCUCAAGUGUAAAACUUUAUACACUACUUCAGCUCUUUAAGGUACUAGGUAUUUUAUGCUUCACUUGCUGUCACAUUCAGUCUUUUUAAAUAAACACCAUGUAACUGCUGUCAGAUUUCCUCCCUUUAAAAUUCCUAACCAUUAUUUAUUCUCCCCUUCCCCCAACCCUAAAAAAGGGGGUUUGCGAUAUCAUGCAAGAUCUCAUCUUUUUUCUCAUUGCUGCCACUAUGUCCCAGUAGUAUGUAUGCACAUGUACUUCUGCUACACAGUACCGCAACUUUGUGAUGUUUUCCUGAAUGAUCUGACAAAGAUGCUUUGACUAAGAGAUCUAGAAAGAGUUUUAUCUGCACAACACUAUUUUCAUAUCUUUGUAUUUUCUGUAGUUACAUGAUUAUUUCGUGUCUGGCCCACGUCCUACUUUGUUACCUCCCAUUCCUGUAUUGCUAACUAUAUAUGAAACCAAAACAAUUGCAAUACAAAAUAUACUGAGAAAUUAGGUUGCCCUUUAGAGUGAAUUUGAUCUCUUUUUUUCGGUUAAAAUAUAUUGAUUUGAUUGAGGUUUCCAUGUUAAAUGUAUGCUUUGAAUGAUCCUUGGAUUGUCAAAAAUCAUUUUUAAUGUCUUUUUCCUCCCCUUCAUUGGUUCUGUAACUGAAUGGUAUUCAAUAAAGCAUUUUGUUUGCUUCUGA